AUCCCUACUUGCUGUCAACUGACAGUUUGAAUUUGAUGACGGAAAGAAAAAGGUUAUAAACAGAAUUUACAGAGAAUUACGUUGGUUAGGAAUUAUUUAUUGAUGAUAUUAAACCGUGACCUAUCAUUAAAGAGUGAAUUUAUUUUGUAUAGUGUUCAAAUAAGACUGUGUUGUAACUUUUGAUAAACUUUCUGAUACCUCGAAUAGCAACGUGUCUUAGGUUAGGCCGUUAGCGAAACAUGUUAGUACAAUUCUUAGAAUAACAUGACUGAAAGAAAAAUGUGCAAGUUCUACAAUUUAAACGUGCCUGAACGACGGUCGGGGGAGAGCGGGCAGGGAGGUGGCGCCACGCAAAACCACGGAAACAAUGAAGAUGAUGAUAGAAAUACAGACGAGGCAACUCCACCUGCAGUGCCUCCUCACGAGCACAAAUUGGAAUACAGCUAUUGGAUGUGGUUUUCGCGGCGACCGCCUGCCCGCGAGCUCUCUGCCUCAACCACCGGUUAUGGACAGGCAUUACGCUUGGUGGGUCGCGUGGCGAGCGUGGAACAGUGGUGGGGCUUAUAUACCCACCUGACGCGGCCCUCCGAGCUACCGCCGCUAUCGGACUUGCACCUCUUCAAGUUGGGUAUCAAACCCAUGUGGGAGGACCCUGCUAACGUUAAUGGCGGCAAAUGGGUGGUUAGAUUGCGUAAGGCGCAGACGGGGCGCGCGUGGGAGGACCUCUGCAUGGCGAUGUUGGGGGAACAGUUCAUGGUGGGCGCCGAGCUGUGUGGCGUUGUAUUAUCCGUUCGCUUUCAGGAAGACCACCUGGCGGUGUGGCAUCGGACCGCGUCGGACACGGUCGCCGCCGCUCGGGUGCGCGACGCGUUGCGACGCAUCUUGCAGCUCCCUCUGUCGGUGCCCAUCGAGUACAAGGCGCACGGCGACUGCCUGCGCGCGUCCGCCUCCCGCUCGCACGACCACGACAACCACGAGCCCCACCCCCCCCAUCCCCCCCACCCGCAGCCGCAGGCCCGCUCCACGUAGCGCACGCCCCCCCUCGCCCCCUCACUCGUUUCACAUCCCUCCUUCGUUGCCCCGGUUCCAUUUCCGAUUGUCCUACCGCUCCAAUGUAUUUGACGAAUGUGGUUCCUUUGCGUUAUUCUAGUUUGGUUUGGGGCUCUUCUCAGAUGGAGCUAAAGAAUUGGUUACAAAUUGAAAUUACUAACGAGUUCCUUUCUCCUUCGAGCAUCACCGUGUAUUCUGACAAACAAGUUACAGAGUGAGCAUACGAGUGACCAGUCUUGCCAGUUGUGAUGUCAAAAGUUCCUGAGAUUCCAGAUAGAAACAAUUUUUUUUAAAUUAAUGAGCAAAACUUAAUACUUGUUAGGAGUUUAUACUUGUACUUACUGAUUCGUUUUGACAUUUUUAAAUAGCUCCAUGUGAGAAAGGCCUCAGUCGUUGAAUUAGUUGUUAAUGGCCCAGUUUGAGAUUUAUUCCAAUGUUUAUGGAUAAUGUAAUAACCGCAUGAAAAGCACGUUAUCUGCUAUUUAAUACUCUUGUUAUAUUUCCCUGAUGGUUAUGUACAAAGUUGGAAUUAAUUUAUCUUGUCGAGUUAAUUUAAAUAUCCAAAUGCAAUUGUAAUGUAAUUUUUUUUAAUGAAAUUUGUCUUUUGUAUUGAUAAGAGUCCUUUCGUUACGUAAUUCGGGGGGGCCUGAAGCAUUUUACUAUGUACUGGUUUUUAAUAUAACGAAUAAGCUCAUUCGAAUCAAUGAUAUCGGUCGAGUGUCUCCAGUUCCUAGUCAAGAUGUUGAGUAAAGCUGCCAUUUUAAAUCUUCCGGUCGAACAUUGUACUGUGAAAUUGAGUGAGAAUAAGCGUUAAGUUGAUCCCGAGCGAUUGUAUUCGGUUCAGCGGUCUUAAACUAGUUUUCCGAGCGAUGUACAUAUAGUGGAAUUGAAGUAUUGUUAUACGAGGCCGCUAUAUAAUCGAAACGUCGCACACACCCGCUCCUAACUCCGUGUACAGUAAAAAGAACUGCGUUGAAAAAAAAAAGAAAUAAAGAAUCGACUUUGUAUACUUU